AUGGUCGAGCUGGUGUUUGGCGCCUCAGAAACACUGCAAAUCCACAACGGAAUAUCUAAGAGCAAGUACCGUUUGAGAAAACCUAAUUGGACUAAAGACGAGGUCCUGCUUUUGACAGAACUCGUGAAAACAAACGCCAGAGUGUUGGAAGGGAAGUUUGGUCCGGGCGUGACGUCGGCGAAGCGGCAAGAGGCGUGGCAGGUUAUUACAGCAACCAUCAACUCCGCUGGUCUGCAUCCCAGAUCUAAAGAAGAGGUAGAGAAAAAGUGGAAGAACAUAAAGAGUCAAUCAAAACAGAAGUAUUCUGAGUUCAGCAGAUUGACUAGAGGAACAGGAGGAGGUGGACCAGCACCAACACCAAUCAGCCCAGUGACCGAUGCUGUCAUUGACAUUUUAGGCCAGGACAAUGUGGCACUGACAGGUGUGCCUGGGUCAGUCGACUCAACAAUGCUGCAGGUACUUGACUUGGUACCAGCCGAUGACAGGUAA